UACCGUCGAGCUUUAUUCGUUCUCAGUUAGUCAGUCGCGGCGCGAACUUUAAAUAAUUUCUUCGUACCGGCGCAUAGACGAGAAAUUUUUUCCAAAACCGAUUCACGAAUCCAUCGAUAUUAAUUUGGUUGACCUGGGCUCGUUAUCACCAGUAUAUAUUUUACGUUGAACGUCACUUAUCGAUAAAAUAAUGUGAUAUAUUCCAUAUCUCUUAGGGGUAGGAGUGAUAGUGACUGUAUACAGUGCCGCUCAGUUCUGUGCUGUCGGAAAAUAAUUUCCCGUUUUGUGCCUAUUUAAAUCGGUGUGGAGCCAUGUUGAAAACGGCGGUGUUAUUUGUGACAUCAAUCUGCGUGGUUCGCGGAGCUUCCGUAUUCAGAUGUCCCGAUGAAACCAUUUGCACUGACCAAGGCGGCAUUCAAGCAAAAUCGUUUAAAUUUCUGCAAAAUAUGUAUCCAAAACAACACCUAUUGGUUAUAAACCUUACAGUUUCGAGCGCAUUCGUAGACAAAGUCGAUCCAAGGAUUAAGUAUCUUAAAAAUUUGAAACAUUUGGAUUUGUCCCAUAACACCAUCGAUUUGUCGUCACUGCCGGCAUUGCCCAAUUUAAAAAGUCUGAAAAUCAACAGCAACGGCUUAAAAGACAUAGAUUUUUCGGCAUUGCCAGAGAACAUCGAAGUUCUCGAUAUCUCCGAUAAUUUACUCGUCAACGUACCUAAAGACGUAGAGAGUUUAAAGUUCCUUAAAGUAUUGCACCUGCAUAACAAUCCCUUAGACUGCAACUGUCCGAAUUACAACAUACCAAAUUUUAACAAGAUGUUAGAAGAAGGUAUAAUUAUUCCUGAAACCGUCAACUGUCGUUUGCCUGAAGCGUUGGCUGGUCGCGAUAUAAAAACCGUCAACUGCUCUUGGUACGAUCUGAUGAUGUACGAUGAAGCUGGUUCUGGCGCAGAAGAUGAUAUAUUCGCUGAAAAUUCCAAAACCACAGUCCCGCAUUUACGCGAAGAGGAUGAGGUUGACGGCAACACUAUAAUCGACGAUAAACAAGAAUUUCCGAUAGAGCACGAAGAAGUGCUGUUGAACACUGCUGGUGUUACAACAACGGAUAAAGUUGAGGAAGAAGGUAGCGGCGACAUUGAAGAGGGUAGCGGCUUCGGGUUAGUGGAAAUCCCCGAAAUUCCAGCGUGCCACGUAAAUUGCUCAACUCCAGCUCCUGUAGAUGCCCAGGAUGAAGUUGGCGCAUCUCCGCUGCCAGAUCCUGCCGUUCAAAUUAAAAUGUUUGCUGAAGAUAUUUAUCACGGAAUUAAAGGAGACAGUGUGCCUACGGAAUCAGCUUCUACCACCACAACCGAGGGUUCAACUUCCACGGUUAGCACUGUCCCUGCCACGGAAGUUACUGAAGCAGGAAUACUCAAAGAAGUAGAGCAACCGCUCCUCAAAGAAUCUGACAAGCUUGGUGACGUCGAAGUAUUCUCCAAUAACACUAGAACUGGCGAAAUGGAAAAGGCCACGGCGUUGAAUCAAAACUCAUACGCGGUCUACACCGUAGUGGCAGUGGGUUUGUUGUUAGCGAUCGUUUUCGUAGUGUUUUUGAUAAAGAAACGUAAAAAUAGUAGAUCGAAUGAAAGGAGGUUAGAAAAGGACCAAGGCUUCGGAGAAGAGAUGAAACCGCUCAACAGCAUUCAACAGUUGAAUGAGAAAAACGGCAAAAAGGCGUCGAACAUUCCAGAACACAUUCCGUUAAUCAAUGGACAAAAUGGCAAAUCGAAGGACAAAGACAGCACGCCCAUAUUAACUGCAUUCACGCCCCUGGCUCAUCCAGAGAUCCCCUCGGAAGAUGACCUCGACACCGAGGAGCCAGAGUUACGUCACAGACCCAACGACGAACUCCUAACCCCACCUAGGGAGAGGGUGACGAUCAGAGCAUCGGAAUUGCCGGAUUCCAUUCCUAAGACUCCAGUUUUGGUGGAUCGUAAGAAAAACAGUGAGGGUGAAAUCGUAACCACGAUAGUGCCUCCGUGAACAAAUAGUGAAGUAAAUACCUCAGUAUUGAUCAAUGAAUAUUUGUGAUACAUUUUUUUAUUAACUUAUUUUUACGUGUUGUUCCUAAUUCGUUAAUAAUCAAUUUUGGACUUUUUAAAAAGACUUAUUGUAAAUACUUUCUUUCGAUUUGUUAUACAGAGCGAUUCGAGUUGAGUGUCCCAUUAAUAGUGCUGGAGAAUUAGCACUACCAAAUUUGCGGCCGCAAUGUGUGAUAUUUAAAAUAUGUCGGCAAAACUAGGUGUAACUCUUGUCAAGACCUACCUGUGUGUAUGUCUAUCUAUCUAUCGCUUAUGGUUUUUGAAAUAAACUACUACGUAAAAUAAAAUGGAAUACCUCCAUCUAUGCUUGAGCCAGAAGCAUGGUUUCCUUUUUUGAGUUAAUCAAAUACGUGAAUGUCGAAUUAUACAAAAGAAUGCUUUCAUCACUUUUAAAUUUUCGAAAUAUCCAUAUUUUUGUGGCACCCUAUAUGUUAUACUAAAUCGUAUAAAACUUUUACAUAGUAGAGAUUUUUAUAUAAAAAUAUUAAUUAAUGCUUAGAAAAGUUACUUACUAUUUUGUCUAGGAUAUUUGUAAUCGCUGCAUUUUUGGAAAUAUUCCUAAAAAUGAGGUUAUCACUUCUUAUGGCCUUAAAUUUGGCAAAGUUCCCUUUGCUAGUUUCUCAGUAUUUUUAAUAGCAAACUCAACAUGAAUCGCGCUAUAUACUAUAGCUAUUUAUGUAUGUAUCGCUGUUGCCAAAGUAAUGUUUAAACCAAAAUGCCGGACCGCGUAUUGAGGAACGCGAUGAUAAACGACUGAUUUUUUUUGUUAAAAAAUUGGGGUUACGGUUGCAAGUUGUUAAUGGGUCUUCUGGCUAAUAAAAUAUUUAAUAUAAUACAAUUGUUCGAUUUCCGUUAGAGGAUGAUUGCUUAUUUAAACGCACAUUUAAUUUGAUGCCAUGUAUAACUACUGCCCUUUGCUAUUAAUCAAAUUUGAAAUUUGCUUACAAAUUAUCUUUCGUGCAACAUAAUUACCUAUUAAUUAUCCACGCGUUUAAUAUUAUAUUUCACGCCUGAGUCCAAAAAAAUGAACAAAAUUUACAAUCUUGUUUUGGUCCACUGCAAUUUCAGACAGGCUGUAUCUAUUUAACGAUGAUUUUGUAAAUAUGAAAUUUAAUUUUGUUUGAGGCAAAUUUCAGUUUUGACUGCUUUUUCAUUUAUUUGUUAGGUUACGUAAUAUUUCAUCCUGUCUAUACAAAUUCUCAAUAGAAUAUAUUUUACCUAAUUUAUUGACACAACAGGGUAUGUUAGAGCCCAACAUUAUUUAUCCCGACUUGUUUUUAUAACAAAAUUUUUAAUUUAAUAUAAUUUUGGA